UGUUUACCGGCUCGAAGUUAACGCUCGAAAAUUGCAAUGCAAGGCUUAACAAUUUCUAAACUCGUGGUGCACGAUCUUUAUCCUAUUCUGUCCAAGUUGUCGCAACCCUAGCACAAUGCAAACGCAGGAUUUGAUGUACUGCACCAUGCAGCUCUCAAGAAAAGUGUGAUUCACAGUGCAAUAUGGCUUAGUAAUGGAAUCUACACAGACUGAAAUAUGGGAUACAUAACCCAGAUAAGGUUAAAAUCCCAAAAAAAAACAAACUGACUGUUAUGUUAUUUUUCUUUUCUUUUGACCAAACCAAAACGGCCAUCCGAGCAGAAAAGAACGUCACUCUAUGCCGGAGAAUACUGAUGAUUCAGAUCCAAACCUGUUUUGAUCAAAUAAUCUCUUCUAUCACCGCAUCUCGCUCACAGGCCAGCAUUUACAAGCACCAGUCGCACUUUACCACUCAUCGACAUUGCAAUGCUGGUUUUACUUUCGUUUAUUAUCGUGUUUUUGGGGUGCUUCGUAAUCAGCGAGCCAUCAAAUAAGUUUGAAGCAACCUGGGGCUGUUCACAGUAUAACACUGAUCAUGGCUACAAGCAUAGACACCCCUAUUAUCCCAUCAGUCGAUUGCAGCACGUCAACAUAACCAAGGAUGGUGUUAAAUCUUUCAGAAUGGGCGUACUGGGACCGAACGAUGGCCACUUGCGGUUGGCCCCAACUAUGUUCCCUUACGACCAAACCGAAAUGAAUGAGAUCGUUCUAUCCGGAUGGGGAAACACCAAAACGGUAGUUCGUCACUAUACUCGAACUUCGCCCGAAGAACAGGUCGAUGAAGUGGUACUACAGGAACUGAAAACCAUAGGAAUGUUGUCGUACUUUAAGCCGUUCAUGUUCACCAUUGCGAUAUAUCCGGGAGGGCUGGUGCAGCUCACGAGGGAUGAAGAUUCCAAACCGUUUUUGCAAUACAGGGAUCCUAAGGUGUCGGCAGACUAUAUUGGAUUUUGCAACUGGGACCGGCCGUUGGUGUUCUUUUACGAUUGCCCGCUUGAGGUAGAUCGAAGAGUGUGUGACGGAAUUGUGUUUUAGGUAAUUGCGGGUUGAAUCUUCAUAAGCUCUUCAAGUUACAGCUCUUCAAUAUUACAAUUAACAUCAUAGAACAUGUGUGAGUAGCUGUUUAAUAGUACUCAAUCAAAAUGUUAUCAUCUCAGGCAUCUAUUUAUUAAAAUUUAUAAAACAAUUCAGAGUAGUUUUCUGUUAGCCCCAAAUGUUGAACAAAAAAAGAAAGAUAAGUAUCAUAGAGCACAGCAUCCAACAUUGUGUUUGCGAAGAAGAAGCGCGAGUACAACUCUGGAAAUCACUGUUCCGUUGAUUUAUUUAUUUGGGAAACCAAUAAAUACGUUUAUCGUCUGCAUUUGAUUGCAUAUGAAACAUGAAACUUCACAGAUUAUCCGUUAU